ACUGCCCGCAUCGCAUCGCCCCUCUUGGCCGCCUCCCCGCCCCCCGCGUCCCAGCUCGUUUCGGCCCACGCCCGCCCGCCCGCUGCAGCCAGACACCGCCGGCUCACCUCGCCUUGCUGUGCCCCGCUCAACUGUGACUCAUCUCGCAUCGCACUCGCAGCGGCGGCGACAAUCAUCAUCAAUAACACACUGCAUACAUCGGCUCAUCAGUGACGCGACCGACGCACCGCGGCCCCCCCUUCCCCCACCCUCCCCUCCGGCCCGCUCACCUCCGCCAGCCCCGCUCGACACACACGCGGCCAUCGCGAGCCCACUCUAAACCUCUUCAUCACCACCCCGCUCGCCUCUGGCCCCAACUCCCCCCGCAUCACCCUCUGCAUCUACCACCCCCAACCCCCGCAUGGACAGCUGGCGCCGCAUCACCCGCUCCGUCGGCGGCGGGCCGACGACCGGCACAAACGCCGGCCCCAACGGCAAGGCCAAGGAGCCCGAUGCCAACGGCCGCGCGACUGACAGCCCGAGCGGCAAGGAGCGCGCGCUCGACGAGGCGCUGUGGGGCCUCGAGAAUUUCGGCAACACUUGCUACUGCAACUCGAUCCUGCAGGCCCUCUACGCCUCGCAGCCCUUUCGUGCAUUUGUCGAGUCGUACCCCGACGUCGGCAAGCCGUACAACGAGUUUGGCGGCGCGAUCGCCCACGGGCCCAUCGUGCCGUCGCCGUCGCCGAGCGAAGCCAAGCCCAACCCCCUCGAGUCGGUCGUCACCUCGCCCGCAAAGGAGAAACGCGGUGGCCUCCUGGGCCUUGGUGGCAAGAAGCAGGCCCCCCCUCCGGUCCCCAAGGUCCCAGUUGCGCCUGCCUCGAACCAGCCCCCUCCUCAGCCCAUCAUCCUGCCCCCCGACCCAAACUUCCCCAACGACUUUACGCUGUUCCAGACGAUCCAGGCACUGUUCCACCACCUGUCGAGCUCGGCACCGCACCACCCCGCGGACCCCAAGCCGGCAGUGUACCCGCCAGGCGUCACCCCGCCCGCGGCACCUGUCACCUCUGGCAUGGUCGGCGCGCCGGCGGCUUCGGGGCAACCUGGGCAGCCCGGGCAGCCCCAGGGCCCGUCGCUCCUCGCCUCGCUCCCGCCGCCUUCGACACCACGCGGCGGCGGACCGUACAAGGCGGGAACGCUCGGCCGUGGUGUUGUCCGCCCCGAAGACGUGCUCCGAACGGUGCGCAACAAGCACUCAAUGUUCGGAGGCCAGACGCAGCAGGAUGCCCACGAGUUCCUAGGCUUUAUCCUCAACCAGCUUGACGAAGAGGUGCAGCAGAUUGACGCCGCGCUCAAGGUCAAGGGAGAGGAAGUGAGCGACAUCAAGGAGAUGGGCAAGAGCUUUAUCCACUCGCUGUUCCACGGCGUGUUGGUCAAUGAGACGAGGUGCCUCAACUGCGAGACUACGUCGACCAGGGAAGAGUCAUUCCUCGACCUGUCGAUUGAUAUCGAGCAGCACUCGAGUCUGACGGCGUGUUUGCGCCAGUUUAGCCACAGCGAGAUGCUGUGCUCGACCAACAAGUUCUACUGCGAGACGUGCUGCGGACUGGUCGAGGCGGAGAGAAGGAUGCGCAUCAAGUCUCUGCCAAACAUUCUUGGCCUGCACCUGAAGCGCUUCAGGCAGGACGACAUGGGACGCCUGCACAAGCUCUUCUACCGCGUCACCUUCCCUCUGCAGCUCAGAGUGCCCUGCACCACCGAGGACACGGACGAUGGCGAGCGCCUCUACGAGCUCUUCUCGGUCGUAGUUCACAUCGGCAACGGCCCCACCCACGGCCACUACGUCACUGCUGUUCGCUCCGAGAACAACAAAUGGGUCAUGUGCGACGACGAGAACAUUGAGCCUAUCGAGGUCGACGACUUGGCAAACUACUUUGGCGACAGCAUUACUGGCGCCGGGUACGUUCUGUUCUACCAAGCUGUCAACCUCGACUUGCAGAAGCUAGGCCUCAAGAAGGCGCCCCCUGUCCGCAUCCUGCCACCAGCUCUGCGCGCCAACGCUAUCGAGAUUCUCGACGACUCGGCGGCGGGCAAGGUGUCGAGCGACAGCGACCCUCAGCGCUUCGCGACGCCUGACAUUGCAUCGGUUGGCACCGUCUCGUCCGAGGCGCUGUCGUCGGUGGGCGCCACGCCGCAGGCCGCCCCGCCCAUUGUCCCCGUCAAAGCAGCAGAGACGAACGGUCCCGCCACCCCUGCUGUGCCCAGCCGCCAGCCCAGCGUGCUCCGCACCCCUGGCAUCGCUACGGCCAACGUUGCUUCCCCAUCGGCAUCGGCUACAUCCACCCCGGUGCAGGAAAAAUCGAAGUGGUACUCGCUCAAGCGCAGAGAAUCUGUCCAGUCAUCGGGAUCCGCGGCAUCGACUCCUGCCGCCCGGCGCGAUCCCGAUGCCGCUCCGGUCAAGGGCACUCUGCAGCGUCAGCCGACGGCCAACACUGUCAACACUGUCAGCACGGCGUCGACGUCACAGGGCCACCUCGACCACCCCGACGCGCUGCACAACCGGGCGCUUGAUGCCGCCGUUGACCUGUCGAGUUCGAUGGUUUCGACCGCGUCGGGUACGUCGUCGUCAGGACUCUCAAGCGGAGCCCUUGCCGUCCCUGGCGCCGGUUUGGGACGAAGCGCCGCCGAAAGGCCACCACGAGCGGCAUCGCACACUGUGCAGACUCCCACGCCACCUGCGCCGAGCCCCACCUCCACGCGUCCAUCCAGAGCAGCGUCCACCACAGCGGCGACUGGUAGCGGCGCCAAUGCCGGCGGCAACAAUGGCUACGCCGGCGGCUCUGGCCUCGGGCGCAAGCUCAGCGGUGCUAUUGGUGUCGGCAAGCUAGGACGGAGCACGAGCAGCACAUUCAAGAUGGGCUUUGGGAGGAAGAAGGUUGAGGAGGAGCAGUCGUAGGGGAGCGGCGGCGUGUGAGCGUUUGGCUUGGCGCGCAAUGACGUGGUUCGCCAUUGCUGCUGCCAAUGGCGACGACGCGACGACGCUGCUGACGGGGGUGGCUGGCUGACGCUCGAACCCUGUGCUAGUGUAUGCUGUAGUGCUGUGCUAGGACGUAAUCUUGAGUGCGACGAGACUGGCCGAGGCAAAUGUAACAGUGGAUGUGCCACGGGGUGCAGCAGCAGGCGGUGACGGAGGUGAUUCCCAGUGGUAGCUCGGCGGACCAAACAACCCUGGC